AAAAAUUUAAUGUUUUCAAAUAUAUUCCAAUUAAAUCAUAAUAAUACUUUUCGUUAAGAUAUGCUAAAGUAGGAAAUCCUUAGUGCUUCACUUCGAAACAGUUGCCGACGGCAUUUCAAGUAAUUUGAACAUCCUAACCCAUGUAUCAACUGAUUUAAGUGUGGUUUAUAACGGACAUAAUUGCAAAAAAAAUUGCAUCAUAUUUUUGAUAGGAGAGCAAUCGUGGAACGUGGAAAUCGACAAUUAUUGUGCAAGAACUGAAAUCAGUUUAAACCGGUAAAUGGACCGUCAUAACAAGGUUUUGGAUUUAGUGCCCGAUUCCGCAGCCGAUGAGACACUAUGGAGUCAGUCCAACCUUCAUCGGACGAUCAAGAAAGAGCUUACAAACUCUACAGUAUGUACAAGAGACCAGAAAACCUCGAAUCUCCGCUGCUUGUUCCUCGCGACACAAAGAACAGCGUAUACAUUAUGAAUGAUCAGACAUUUCACACACCAUCUUUUGGCGACGAAGAGUUUGACAUUCCACUAAUUCACGGACAGCAUGCCACAAACGCUGGCGUGCAAAACUCGCACAUACAGUAUACGCAACUGCACCAUUCAGCUCCUCAGGUUGGUAUGAUGAACCCGGCACAAGAUGGCCUAGCACCACCCGGCGGAGCUCCCUCGUAUCAACAGCCGCUAUAUUUACAAGAGCCGCAUACUCCAGUCACGUCACAUAGAUCUGCAUGGAAACACACAGACAAUGUCAUGAUUAAAAUUGGGGCAGGAGCACCGGCUGGUAACUACAUGAUACAGCAGCAACCAGGAGGUCAGCAGAGGCUACUGAUGCUACAACCUACUCAAGUCAUGAGUGGCCCACCGACUCCCAGCACGCCCACACAGCCAUCAGCCCCAGUGUAUGGCUCACCCCAGAGAGCCUCACCCCCAGGCACUACAAGUGAUGAUUCUGAUGAUAGUGUACCUUCACACCAUUCACAGUUGCCUGGUGAUGCGGAAAGCCUUCUGCCUAUCCAUUAUUGCUCAGCGAGCCGGCAGCAACAAACUACGCUUCAUCAGAUGGGUGUUGGAAAUAUGGCUGUUAAACGAUCAUCUCCAGAACCUAUGGACAAUGGUUUGAAUCGUGGCCAAAUGCAAAAGAAACCUAAGGUUCAGAAAAAGAAGAAAAAACGGGAUCCAAAUGAACCUCAAAAGCCUGUAUCAGCAUAUGCACUGUUCUUCCGGGACACUCAAGCUGCAAUUAAAGGACAAAACCCCAACGCCAGCUUUGGAGAAGUUUCUAAAAUUGUAGCGUCCAUGUGGGAUGGAUUAGACUCUGAGCACAAAAGUGUUUAUAAACAAAAAACUGAAGUAGCCAAGAAGGAAUAUUUGAAAGCACUAGCUGCCUACAGAGCUAGCCUAGUAUCGAAGGGAGGAGAACAGGAGAGUCAACCAAUGUAUAAUCACACCAAUAGUGCCAAUCCCACUUAUGGUAAUUAUUACCAGGGGCAAUCAUAUGGCAAUGGCCAUUCACCUCAAGGUUAUGUGCCAAACCCCACGCCACAGAGUUACUCUCCUCAGAAUUACUCGGGAAACCAGAAUCAAGCUCCUUACCCAGCUCAGACGCAACAGGGGUACCCACCAAACCCUCAACAGUCUCCUCAGAACUAUCAAGGCAAUAUGACUAUUGCACCUCAACCAUACCAGCAGGGUGUUCCGGGUCAGUCCCCACAGGGCUACCAAGUCAACCCGUCAUCUUCGCCUCAAGGUUGCCAGCCUAAUCUUGCCCAAUCGCCAAGGAACUACCAACCUACACAGUCCCCUACUAACUAUCCGGCUAACUCUGCAUUAUCACCUCCUGGAUAUAGACAAGUGCAGUCUCAAUCUCCUCCUAUGGGUUCAGUUCAUGCUGCUAUGCAAUACCAUCAUUCUCAACAGCACAUGCAGCAAACCCACCAGCAAAUGCAGCAGGCACAUCAAGUUCAGCAAUACCAACAACAGCAUCAGCAACAACAACAACUUCAUCAGCAGCAGCAACAACAGCAGCAGCAGCAACAACAGCAGCAGCAGCAACAACAACAACAGCAGCAGCAGCAGCAACAACAACAGCAGCAGCAGCAGCAACAACAAUCACAGCAACAGCAAUCGCAGCAACCAUCUCAACAACAGAAUCAAAUUCCAAAAACUGAGCCACAAUCACCUAACAGUAAUGGGAACUCAGGAGUCCCACAACAAACUACUGAUCAAAAUGAAAACCGAAGUACACCAUCGUGCAUCAGACAGGGUUGCACAAACCCAGCUAUUGCUAACAGUGAAUGGGAGGAUGAAUACUGCUCUAAUGAGUGUGUUGUUAGCCACUGCAGAGACGUCUUCAGUUCGUGGGUGGCGUCCAAUAACAGUAAUCAAAUUCAAAACUUCUCAGCUGUUAAAUAAACGACGUAAUUACAUAGGUACAUAUCAAAUUUAAUAAAUCCAUUCUUGUAUGAACUUCCAAUAAAUCUUACUCCAUAAGAAUCCUGAAUUUGUUGUUUAAGCAUAUUAUUAGUUUUAUAUUUUUGUGAUACAAUCUAAGAUCCAUUUAUUAUUGGUUAUAGUUGUAACAUAAUUCAUUUGAAGCAGUUUUGUUGAAGUUAUAUUUGUAAUUUUGUUCUAUUUUUUUUAUUUUUUCUGUGUGCUGCAUAGUAUGAUCAUCUGCGUGACGCUAUUAUUUAAAUAUGGAUAUUAAUUUUCAUAUGGUGUAUCUGGAAUGCAAGCAGCUAAUUAAAUUAAUUAAUGAAUAUAGGGAAUAUUUAAUAAUUUAUGAGUACAUUUUUGGUAGCACUGGAAGGCAGUACUGUGUUGAAUUAACCAUAAAAACUAUUAAUAUAUCCCACCUUACUAAAAUUUAACUCUUCAUAGACACAUUCUCGUUAAGAAUCUCGUCAUAUGAUUAUUAUAUUACUUUAACAAAGUACUGCCGUGAAUUCAAAGGCACAUGUAGGAAAGUGUAAAAUAUUUUUUUAAACUACUGGUAUUAUCCGAAAUAUUCAUAUAAAGGACUGUUAGAUAAGACUUUGUUUCGUAAAUAAUACUCUUACAUAUAAAUAGAUUGAUAUGUGAAUUGAAUGCAAUAACGGUCAUUGAUGAGUGCUAAAGAAUACUUCCAAUAAUUUCAUACUUAUUCUAAAAUAUUAGUGUAAUUUAAAUAAAUCGCUCUAAAAGGCGAUGCAUUUUUAUUAUAUAAAUUUGUUAAUUUUCAGUAUUGUUGAUGCUAAAUUAUUAUUUUUAAAAUAUAGCAUUUAUUCUUCUUGUAAAAUGUUUAAUGACAAUUGUCACACUAAUAUUCGUCGUUGAGGCUAUAGAGCAGACGCCGAUUUAGUUUUGGAAAUUAGCACCUAAUAUGGUAUAGGUGACAUUAUAAUGUUAAUGUGACGAUAAAUUUUACGAUCGUAUCGUAUUUUUCGUAAUGUUAGUGAAUACAUUAUGGUUAUUAUUAGCAAGGUACAUUCAAUUCUUUAUGGCAUUGUAAAUUUCUAACUAUGAAUAAUAUUAAUAGCAAUAUCUACCCAUUUCUCUAGGAGUUGCGUUUAGUAUUAUAGGAUUUAGCUGGACCAAAAUUUUCUUUAUAUUCAAAGCGAUGAUAAUAUUUUAAGAUAAAAUAUGUUUUAUUGUAUGUCCAAUACCUUAUGAUAUAGUGAUGUAAUUGUAAAUAAACACUCGCAAUAAUAGACGUAGACGUAGAGACUACAUAAGGCAUAUUUCUUUUUAUUUCAUGUUAUUUAUUUAGUAGUCUCAAUAGAACUACCUUAUUUAGAUAAAAGUUAUAUUAAAAGAAUGUAAGAUAUAACAAUGUAUAAAUUGUAAUUAGAAAAGUGAUUCCAUUAAAUUUCUUAAACAGCAA